AUGGACAACAACUCCAAAACCCAUUACUUCUUACAACCAAAGAAGAAGAGUAUUGAGGACAACAAAUUUCAUCAAUCUGUUCAAGUUCAUGACUCAAAAACACCAUUUGUAUCAUUGUUCAAUGGGAAAGAGCCAAUUGCAAAUGUUCAAUUUAGAUUCAAUUUAUAUCAAAGAAUAUGGGCCAGUCAGUUGGAAAAAAUUCACUCGAUUUUGAAUAGCGCCAAUGAUGAGCUAUUUAACAACUUGAUCAAGUUUAUCAAUGAGCCAUUGAGUUCGAAAUUAUCCAUUGGUUAUGUUCAACUAACUUCGAAUAAUGCAAAUAAUUUACGUAUAUUGAAUGAGUUUUACGACCACACCAACAACUACAACUUGAUAAAAUUGAAUUCUAAAAACUGUCAACAUAUAAAGGGGACAUUGAGGGAGAUUAUUCGCCAAUUUGGUGAACGCAACAAGUUGGAAGGUGAUUAUUUGGGCUAUGACUUGGAGGUUUUGCAAGAUUGGUACGCCAUGGGUAAUGAAACAAGGACAGUUAUUGUAAUUGAAGAUACCAAUUUGUUCAGCACCCAAUUGUUAAAUCAACUAAUCAAGUUUCUUCAAGCAAUUCAUAUACCGGUGAAAUUGUUACUUGCAUUGUCUUGUGAUACAGUAUCCUCAUGGGUCAACAACAACUUGAGAAACGACUUGCGAUUGAAUUUGGAAGGGUAUAGGUUCAAAAGUAACGACAACAAGAGCUUGGGAUAUAUCAUUUUGAACAAUUUGUUUCUCACGCCAGAGCUAACCGAUGACAAUCCAUUGCUAAUCAACAACACACUAAGCACCAUCAUUCUCAAUCGUUUUGAAAAUUCAAACAAUUCAAUUGACGCAUUAAUUUCCGAGAUUAAAUUGUGCUACAUGAUUUUCUUCUACCAGCUGCCAUUGUCGAUUCUUAUUGCAAAAUUUGACUCGUCAAGUUUGUAUAUCGAUGCAUUGAGGAAAACGCCAUCUUUUAAACGGCAUAUGGAGAUUAAACUACUGCAAAAGGACCCAAUUGUCAAGGAAAUGCUUGAAGAUGAUGAUAAAGUGGCAAUGUUGUUUCACGAGUGCAAAAAGCAAUACCAAAAGCACAAAUUAGCAGUGAUGAAUUCCAUAAACGUGGUGUAUCAAUUACACCCAAACAAACCAAUGGAAAAAUUUCACCUAUACAAAUUACUUGUCAAUAACAAAUUGUUCAACUCAAAAUACUUUCACGAAUGUCUUGAUUUUUCAAAGUAUUCAGAUGAAGUCGUGAGUCGUAUUGUGUUGCACUUGACUGAUGACUGCCACGAGUCUAUUGGCAACAUCAAUGACACAUAUCUCAUUGAAUUAAAGAAGAACUUGUCUAAAGAUAACAUCACGUCUGCAUUGGAAGCCUACUUCGAGAACCCAAUUUUGACCACACCACUCGAAUAUAUGGUGUUUAACGAAAUUUUCUCCCUCAAUGGAGGAAUAAUCCAUGCCAAAUUUGACAAACAGCCUCUAUUUGAGGAAAACUUUGAAAACCUCAUGAUCAACCUCCUUCGUCCUAAUUUGCGACAAACUAUUGAGGUGAGCCUAGACAAUUAUGAGUUGUACUUGGCAAACCCAUUAAUUUGCAAGGAGCAUCCACUAGAUGGUCAGCCACUACUCUGCGCAAUGUUUAGCGUUUACAAAGAAGCACCAGCAUCAAUCAACUUGUGCGACUUUUAUCAAGCCUUCGCGGCAUCGUUGAAUAAGCCGGCCGAUAUUGAUGACGAUGAAUGGAAAGUGGUCACUUACUCCUGGUUUGUGCAAAACUGCUUCGAGCUCAUGCAUAUGGGAAUCUUACAAAUGAAAAGAACAAGCGAAUACCUCGAAAAGGCAAUUUGGAAAGGUGUAUAA